AUGAACAUCGAGGUUGGGAACGUUUCUUACACAGGAGCCAUCAUCUCCUGGUCGUCCUCGGAACCCUGCCUGGAGGACUAUUACCAUGUUAUGUACAGGCCUAACUGGAAUAGCAUCUUCUCUGGCUAUCUUCGCUACAGCUUCCACCACGAAGAGAAGGUGCCAAGAACAAUCAGCUCCGUGGUGCUGGAACAUCUCGCCCCUUCCACUCUCUACUUCCUGUGCAUCAGCUGUGAGAAGGCUGCCUUCCCCUACAAGCCCUACUGCACCAUGUUCCACACCCUGGAUAAGAGUCCCCUGGCUGCUGGAAGCUCCCUGGUGGACCCCCAAAUCUCCCUUUGGGUGCUAAUGGCCAUUCUGCUGGCCUGCUUCACAGCUGUCUUGGCCUUCAUCUGUCUCCAGUUUUGGUGCAUCCGUUGUCAUGAGCCUCGAUGGUCGUACAGAGCUGGCCACGUGGAGGAAGCCAAUGGCUUGGUGAGAUGGCCCGAGGAGUCCCCGGUGCUUGGUCAGAGGGAGGAAGACCUGCAGGGGCUCCCCCUGGUGGAGCUUCCACGCAAGAAUUCCAUAGUCGGAGCUGAACCAGAAGCUGAAGCCGACCACGAUGCACCUGAUGUGGGCGUCUUACAGCAGGAGGGUGGCGUGCAGCUUGCUAUACUGCCUCAUCGCGGGGAGUGA